AUGGUCGUAAGAAGACUUCGAAGAUCAAAACGUCAAAAGACAAGUAAUGAUAAUACCGGUAAAUUGAAUUAUCAAGAGAGCUCGGAAGAUGAGGCUACCGGGUCAACUUCUUCAACUUCCCCGGCUUCAAAACCCAAUAAGGAGAACAAGAAGAAGACGGCAAAUGGUCAACCCCUACUAGUAAAAGGAACAGAGGUCGGAACAGAGGAGGUCAGAACAGAGCUUAAUGGAGAAAUCAUUGCAUCAAAAUCACAUACUAGUACUGCCAAAUCCACCAAAUCACCUCUACUAAAUGGCACUAAAUCAACCUCGACGGUGUCCCCAUCAACUCGUCAAUAUUGGCUCAUGAAAGCUGAACCAGAAUCCCGUAUCGAAAAAGGACAUGAUAUCAAAUUCUCCAUCGACGAUUUAGCGGCGAAGACUGAACCAGAGCCUUGGGAUGGAAUACGAGCAUAUCCAGCACGCAAUAAUCUUCGUGCGAUGAAGAAGGGAGAUCUAGCUUUCUUCUACCAUUCAUCAUGCAAAAUCCCGGCAAUCGUUGGCAUCAUGGAAAUUGUAGAAGAGCAUUCUCCAGACCUCUCAGCACAUAACCCCCAAGCCCCAUAUUACGAUUCUAAAUCCUCCCCAGAUAACCCCAAGUGGAGCGUAGUACAUGUUGAAUUUCGCCAGAAACUCACUACACCCAUCACUCUCAAGGAAAUCAAAGCCUGGUUUGGCGAAAAGGGAAAUGCAUUGGAGAAUAUGCAGAUGUUGAAGCUGGCACGUUUGAGCGUGAGUAAAGUAAGUGGUGAAGAGUGGAGGUUUCUGGUAGGUCAGAUGGAGAAGAAUGGAGAUGUGGUUCUGGAAUAG